CUUCUACCUUUUGUGUUUCGUUUUAAUUGUGAUACUUUACCUAUGCACCCAACCACAGCUUCCGUGUUCUACCAAGUGCAAAGCUUGCAGAAUUCGAUUUUUAUCAUACAAGUAAAGGAUUCCAAAAUUUAAAAAAAAAGGGAACUUUGCCUGACAUAGAGUAUGAUAAUUUUUGUUCAAUGGAGAACUAUCGAACUCAGUUGUAAGACACUUGAGUUUUUGAAUCAAUGAGGGAAAAUUUUUCUACUUAAUAGAAGAAACACGCGUAUUGAUUUCUAAAACACUCUGAUUAAAAGAAUGGCUGUAUCAAUUCAACGAUUACUUUAGGGUUAGGGAUAUGAUGUUUUUAUCUACUACACCAUACACGCUGUGGACUUUUUAUUGAAUUUCACAUGUACUUCUUACGGACCAGUAUCCGUUGAAGCGGUUUCCGCGCGGACAAGUUAAUUCUAUUCUUAGCGUCUGGAGGGGACAAAGGACUCUGGGAAAAUCUUUUCGGAUGAGACUGUAGCCGUGAUUUUGAAAUCUGUAAAUCGGAGGCAGAUAUGGAGAAGUAUUUGGAUACGCGUUUAAGAAUAAGGGAAUUAGUUAGAUCUGCCAUUAAUAGAAUGAGUGGUAAUACGGUGGUUGAAGAUCCAGGGAUACCUUUAGUGAGUAGAGGUAACGGCAAGUACUCCAAAUACAUGGAGGACGACACUCAGAGCAGCUCCACCACAACUACCACCAACGUCAUGACGUCAAAGUUCGACAACAUCAGCUACCGCCUCAGUCGGAGGAAACAGCUACUUCGCUACAGAACGAUCGUCGUGAAUUUCGAAUUCUCUUUCGCUCUUUUGGGAAUUGUUCUCAUGCUUAUCGAGACGGAGCUAUUUUUCCAGGGCGUGAUCAGCAAGUCUUCUGUUGCGUCCAUCGUUCUCAAAUCAUGCAUCACCUUGUCAACCGUUUUUCUUUUGGUUGCGGUUGUUGGAUACCACGUGACCGGAAUUCAGCUUUGCAUGACGGACAAUAGCCUGGAAGAUUGGCGGUUAGCCGUCACUUUCCCGUGGACCUAUUUAAAAAUUUUACUCGAGCUCUGUGUGUGCAUAAUACACCCUAUUCCCGGAAACAUUACAAUAAGUGCUGUUGAUCCCGAUGGUAAACCUAAGGAGGUUUCAAUCGACGCUAUCUUGUCGAUUCUGAUGCUCCUUCGAGUAUAUUUGAUCAGCAAAUUCAUGGUCGUGCAUAGCAAAUUAUUAACAAGCACGGCUACGCAAAGCUUAGGUGCCCUAAAUAAAGUCAAAAUAAAUUCGACAUUCGUUUUCAAGGCACUGAUGUCUUCAAUGCCAGGAACUAUUCUGAUUGUUAUAAUGCUGGCCAUAUUAGUUGUAAACUCUUGGGCCAUGCGGACAUGUGAGGCCUACUACCACCCUGAUCCCAAAAAUUCCGACUUCUUUAACGACAUGUGGAUGAUCGCCAUCACGUUUCUAACGGUGGGUUACGGGGACAUCUACCCUAACAGUUACUGUGGAAGAUUCGUCUCUGUGGCGACAGGUUUAAUGGGUGUUGGAACAACCGCUCUUCUAGUGGCCGUUCUGGCGCAGAAAUUGGAGCAAUCGCGCGCAGAAAAAUACGUCCAUAAUUUUGUCACCAGGGCGCAGUUGGACAAGGAAAGAAAGAUAGCUGCCGCGGACACUAUAAAGUACGUUUUACAAUUAUGGAGGAUGAAGAAAAAUAAUGAGAAUAAUAGUAGAAAACGAAUUCGAUUACAUGGAAAGUUGCUCCAAGCCAUAGCUGCCAUGAAAGAAGCGAAGAAUGAGAAAGCCUCUAUAGGCGAAACUGCGAUUGGGUUUAUUGAAAUAGCAAAGAGUGUUAAUGACAUUGUGGACGUGUCUGAGUCCCUCCAAGAAUCUCAAUCUGAACUUAAAAUGAAAAUGACAGAAAUUGAUUCUACAAUAAAAGAUCUGCAAACUAAAAUGGACGCCAUUUAUACAGCAGUUGUGAGACGGUGACCAUGUGACCCAUCUGUCAUGUGAUAGACACGUGAUACGUUAUAAAGUACAUAUGAUGUAGUUCCUAGUAUUCCAAGGGUGAUGGUGGAGAUAAGUAGAUUGUAGGUUUAAGUAUUAAGCAGUUCUAUUUACUAACAAAAAUUCUGGACCAAAAUUAAGUUUAUUUUCCUUCAUUUAUGAGUUUGUUCGUUCAUCGAUUUUUCUUUGAGUGCUAUACAAAUUAGGUUCAAUGUGAUCAACUUACUAAUUCAUCCAAUUUUGACGUACAGAUUUAGAUGAUAAUGAGUUUUGAUUCUGGAAUAGACGAUUAUUCAAUAUGUAUGGAGCUAAGAUGCCUAGACAAGAAAACAAAAAGCAAUAUCUAUUUAAUUCCGUAGUUUAUUUUGUUUACAAAAACUUAAACGGUAACUUUAUAAUAUUACAUCGAUACAAGUUCGCCAUUUGUGCAAAUUUUGACAUAUUUAUAUUUCAUUAUUAGAUACGUCAUCCCAAGAUUGUCUUUUCCGUGUGCCAUUUGUAAUUUUACCGAUAAUCAUAUUUAAGUUUUGGUUAUUAUCAAAUAAUAUGUUAUUUAUUAUACAUAAUUAUCAAUAUUGCUACAAUAUUAUAGAUGUACUGGUCAAUUAGACAUGUACUUGAAAUAGAGAAGUACAUUGUACGUUUUUUUAGUCUAAAAAGUUUUUCGUUCGCCCUAUUGUAUAACAAAUUGCCGUUCAUUUAAAUUUCUUUCAUUUCUGUAUGUAUAGAUUGUAUGGAGGCUUGGUUUAAACCCUCACGGACUUUGUAUGUUGAUGUUUGAAGGACCCUAAAAGUUGUUUUUUGUUUGAAAUCAUUGAAAACCGGGCAUCGUUAUAUAUGUAAUUGUAGUAUAAUAUGUCAAUUUGAAAGAAGCAUAGCUCGUUACUUAUAUGAUUUUGAUUAAAUUUACAUGUUUGCUAUUGACUACUUACCCUUAAAAUGGGGUUAUGAUCAUUCAACACGAUGUGUCAUAAAGUUUAUUUGAUGAGGUAUUGUACUUACAAAUACUUCAUCAUGUGAAAGUUGCUUUUAAUUAUUAUGUACAGUUUUGAUUGUAUUUUUUCAUGGAUGGAUUGCUGAAGUAGUAUAUGAUGUUUGAACUUUGUCUCUGAAACUUUGCGUACAAUGGAAGAUAGUGAGAUUAACUGUAGACAUUAAUAAAAAUAAUAAAAAGAAGAGUCA